AUGUGAAUCCAUCUGAGGAUGUUGGAGGGAGUGAUAAAAAUGUUAAGGAUGUUGAGAAGCCGAAGGGCGAUGAGUCUCGAUUGAAGGGGGACGAUUUCUUUGAUGGGUUGAGCCAGCUUGUAAUAGAUGAUGAUCAAGUUGUGUUGGCUGGCUUGGAGGCUGUUGCUAAAAUCAAUGUAAGUUUACUUUUAAUUGUUUUAAAAAAAAACUAGGUUUCUUUUUGGUUGCUCAUUAGUUUCUAGUAUGUUUUGCAACUGUUUUAAUGCAUUCUUUAUUUUUUAGGUCCCCGCACCCAAUCCAGAUGUUGUUGGUGAAAAGUCAGAUGCCCUUCAUACUGAUGAAGAAACUGAGGAUACUGUCUCUGAUACACCUCUGUUGGAUAAGAGGAAGCGUGCUCCGGCCUUGAAAUCUCCAUUUGUUGAUUUCGGGUCUUCUGAUGUCGGGAGCACUCCAAUGGAGCUUAUGUCCUCAGGUUCUCAAUCAGCUGGGGAUGAUAGGGAUUUCAAAAUGGUGACUUAUGUGAAGGGCCUUUAUGCUCUUAAUGAUGCUUUUGCUGAUCCCGUAUCUACCGAGAUUGAGGCAAAAUUUGACUCUUGGAUUGGUGAAGGAUUGCUUAAACAUCCUAGGUGACUGUUUUUAUUAAAUCUGCUUUUGUAUUAUUUUUUUUUUCAGUUUUAUUCCUGUUUUAAUGCUAUUUUUUUGCUGUUUUUUUGUUAUUGUAGGCAUUAUAAUUGUUAUGAAGAUGGCGCAAAGAAAUUUACCCCGGGUUUUAGGCUAGGUGUUGAUUAUGUUGAGGAUAAAACUUGGUUUUACCAUUUGGCCACAUGCGACAUGUUUAUGAACGACUCGCAUAUGAACACCAUAUUCUAUUACCUUCGGAAAAAAGGUAAGUAUUCUUCCGCUGUGACGUUGAAUUUCGCAACUACUGAUUGUCUUUUUGAUGAUUCCAUCCAAGCAUUGUACCACAAAUUUAACAAGGCCAAGUCAAUGAACACUAAGAUGUCACACAUUCACGCUGCCCACCCAAUUGCGCAUUACAUCCGAGGUAUGCGCGUUCCCUGUUCCAAGCCUUGGUAUGAAGCCGAUCACGUGCUUUUCAUCAUCAAUUUAAGAAGGGAAAGUCAUUGGGUUUUUGGGCGUCUUGACGUGAACGAAGGGACGUUGUUUCUGUACAAUUCUUUGAGAACCGCGAAGAUGAAUGCCGCAGCUAGGAAUGCGAUGAAGGCUUAUUCCGUGUUGCUGCCUUUGUUUUUCGAUUUACUUGGGUUCUGGAAGAAUAGAGCACAAGCUCUGCCUCGGUUUCGACCUACAGCUCCAUUCAGAAUCGUGGAGCUUAGUGGUCUUGCGUCUCAGCAGAAGAAUGAUUGUGGGGCAUAUGUUGCUGCCUUUGCUGAAUUCUUUAUCCACGGAAAGGAUGUCCCUGCAGACUUUGACAUCGAAGUUUAUCGUACCCGACUUGCUUCACUUUUCUACUCGUACGGACAAAGGAAAAUUGACGAAAGUAUUGACAGCGAGGAUGAGAAGCAAACCAAGUCUUCUAAGGCAUCUAAAUUGAAGAAAUAG